AUGGAGAAACGGCUGCGCAAAAGGGCCCCGAUCUCGUGCCUCAGUUGCAAAAAACGUAAGGUUCGCUGCGACAGGAAGAGACCGUGUACUGGAUGUGUCAAGAACAACGUUGGGCAUCUCUGUGUGUAUGUGGAGCCGAACUGGGUUGAUGACGAGGUGAAGAAGGCAGCGGGGACUCAGGGUUUGAAGGAUGACGUGAGGACGAGUGCUGAGUAUGUGGAGCUCAAGGCGGCGAUGGAGAAGACCAUCGCUGCUCAAAGAAACGAAAUCGAGGCUCUUCGAGCACAAAUAUCAAAUUCAAGCCGAACUGAUCUAGAUAAGGCUUCUGUAUCAAACGGCUCAGUCCACCUGCCGUCUUCUGAGACCACAAGCUACGUUCUACUGGAGGAUGCAGCCGCCUCGGCGAUAUCGAUCUUGCGUAAGCUUGACACCACUGACACACAGACCCUGACGCCAGAAGUCUUGGACGAUAACUUUUAUUCCCUCAAGGGAUUCAGGUACCUGAAGAAGAGUAAAUGCUCGGAGACGUUCGUUGCAAAGCUCUAUUCGUGGCUUAACAUCAUCAAGCUUGACCCUCAGCUAACGGGGCUUUGGUACAAGAUCACCAACCUACAAAAGUCUUAUCACAUGUAUAAGACUAGCUUGCUAAGUAAGUAUCCCAGAUCUGAGCCUACUGUUUAUGGAGAUAACGGUUGUCCUGUUACAGGAGGUUCUCAUGAACAUGGGCCAUCCUGUGGACACCACCAAUGCCCUGUUGUCGCUUGUGAGUUUAAUUUGAUGGUUGAGGAGUCUUCCAACCGAGUCGGAACGCCUAUGAGCCGAUCUCAUAGUAUGCGGAUAAAGAAUGAGCCAACAGAUUACUCCCAGAUUAACCAGAACGAUACCAGUUCCGUCAUUUCUCUGCUCCAAAAGCUUUGGACAGAGAUCAUCAGCUACGGCCGUGGUCUGGAGCAAAUGCAAUAUGAUCAGCUUGUCUUCUUGAUUAACUUCUACUUGAACAUUUCAAAUACUCCUUCGCUGAUCCUGCUGUACGAGCUUGAAUCGAGGAAUUUGUUCCGUUUUUACCACGAUGAUAUUCUCAGCCUCUUCCGCAGAGUUGGAAACCAGGUUGAACUAGAUCUUUCCUCCCUUGAUGCUAAAGUCAGUGAAGCAGAGGUCAUAUCUUUUGCCAGGUUAAAGGGAAUAUAUUUGAGCAUGCUCGGUCUCAUGGUUGAAGAAGCCUUAGACGUCUUGCGACUGAGAACUGGUAAAGCAGAUGAGACUCUGAAAGCCUUUCAUGAGGUUUUUCCCUUGGAAGCUGUGCAUCAAGGCUUGGGGUAUAAGAGAACAAACGUCCACGAUUCUAUUCGUGAGUUUUUGGAAUCAUUUUCAUCGCUGCAACAGAAUUACGAACUCAGUAGCCUGUUGCCUUGCCUUGCUGUAUUCAUGGGCUUUCUCAACAGGUGCAUUGCCCUUUACAUAAAGCCUGGCAAUACAAGCGAUAUUCGCCUGUGCUUCACUUCUAUCCUUACAAAAAUGCUUGAUAUGCUCGAUAAGGAUGACAGCAGGCUCCGUCUUUGGGCUGAUCCAUCCCAUAUUCGUUUCAACGGUGCCAACAUGUCUGUGAGUAGACAAAAGGAACUUAGGCUACACCUUAGUCAUAUGUGGGUCGACUUUAUGAGGAUUAUCAAUCAUGUUACUUUCAACACAGUUCCAAUGCAUCGUCAUUCCGACAAGCUCGAUAAAAUGAUCGAAAGUUAUUUCGAGAAUAUUCAUGAGGCUACUGAGAAUCAGGAUCAUCUUAAAUUUGUUUCCAAGCAGAAGUCAGACCCAGGAGAUGACCUGAUUGCAGAACUAUUGGCAUCUCUACAUGUCUAUUACUUGAGCUCAAAGAUAUUCCUAACGCUUCGCAAAAGUACUUGUCGUCUGUCGGGAUCUAAUGUAACUGUUGCCGACUUGCAACGUUUGACGAAAGAAAUUGCAGCAUGGAUCGAGGACUUUUCCCUUACAAAGUUGAGAAUGUCCCGGUACUUUGAGGUCAGAAGUAUGUUUCAAUACUUGGACUUUUAUAUCUCCUUCAUCGUGUUCUUACAAUGUGAGGAAGACUUGGACUACGAAUCAGUCUGUCAGAUCUUGCCACUUCUUUUCACGAAGGGCUUAGAUUUGAUCAAUUUUUUACAAGAAAGCGUGAAACAGUUUUCAAAGAACACCGGCUCUCAGUAUAUUCUAGGUGCUGUGGCAGAGAUAUUGUCUAGGGUAUCACACUUGAUUGUGGGUCUCCUCAUUCGUUUCAAGAGAGAUGAGAGUGGGGAUGGUGCAGACUCUAAUGAAACACCCGCUCCAUCAUCUCUUGUGUAUACGGCCCCAUCGGACAACAUGAGGCCCUUUACCAUACCUGUGCAACAGAAAGAGCAGCUCAUCACAUCCACGGACUCUGUGCUCAUGCUUCUUGAGAAUCUGUUGAACAGAGAUAGCUUUAGCCGGGUCUCCAAGAUGUGGAAAUUCUACAUGACAUUCGUUCGGAACUCUCAUAGAAUGAAUCCAGCUGCUUAUGCGAGAAUCCAUGCCGAUGUUUUCAAAUCAGGUAAGCUUAUGGAUACAUGUCCUGUCUUACCCAGCCCAGCAAAGGUUGCAGCUGCAGGCGAUGCCAGGAGGGCCAGCAAGGGUAUGCCAAACAAGUGUCCCGUGCUGCAUCAGGGAGGUGGAUUUGAAGCUUUUGAACCGUUCUCCGCUUCUCCAAGAACAUCCUUUUCCAGGAAUGGCUCUGUCACUGAUACUUCGUCGCAAUUCAGCCGCGUCAAAGAUGAACACAACUCACCUUCGACAGAACCUCGCAAGAGGAUGUGUCCAUUCGAUCACGAAUCUCUUCGAGGCAACACUAAGACGCCUAGCUUCCACGAAAGUAAUAUCAGAAGAAGUCCUUGUGGAGAUGUUAACCCGCCAGUGGAAGCACCUCCUCCUCCUCCUCUCAAGAGGCCACUGCCAAAGCCUAAUGGAUUCCCGCCUAUGAUGCCGGCUCCUCCUAUGUCCAUUCCGCCUUUCCAAAUGCCACAACCGAGCCCAAUGUCAGGAGCAAUGGACUGGGAUACAUUGCCUAACUUCAAUUUUGAUCUUUUCCCAGAUGAGACGCUCAUGGUGCAGUUUGGCCCUGGUGAUCUAAACAACCCCAACAUCGAGGGCAUUCGACGCUACACCUCCACAGCAAAUCCGAAGAAACGCUCAUUCACAGCUAUCAAGGUUGCCGCUGCUGCCGGUCUUGCUGGAGCUACCUUAUACGCCACCAAUGACACUGUGCGUGAUUCAGUAAAGCACAUGUACUAUACGUCUAAGCGUAUCAGUGUGGUGACGGUGGCUACUGCAAAGUGUUUCAACAUCUAUUUUAACGUCCUCGGGAAGGACUUUGAUGAUCCACACGAACGCAGCAAGGCAUUGUCUGAAGCUCACCUCAAAGCUGCUAAGAUAACCUUGAAAGCUUUGGAAAAGAAUGGUGGUGUUUUUAUUAAAUUAGGACAGCAUGUGUCUGCGUUGACAUACUUGCUUCCCAAGGAGUGGACCGAUACCAUGAUUCCACUCCAAGAUAGAUGUCCUCGUUCUUCGAUCGAGGAAAUAGAACAGAUGUUUCUUACUGAUAAAGGAACAUCCCUCGACAGUAUAUUCAGUGAGUUUAAUCCAGAGCCUGUUGGUGUUGCUUCUUUGGCCCAGGUUCACAUUGCUACGUUGAAAGAUACUGGAGAAAAAGUUGCCGUGAAAGUGCAGCAUCCAUCACUUGCUGAGUUCGUGCCUCUAGACAUUUACAUGACUCAGACGGUGUUUGACCUUAUGUAUAAGGUAUUCCCGGAAUAUCCUAUGACCUGGCUUGGUGACGAAAUGCAGAGUUCGAUUUACGUGGAGUUGGAUUUCGUCAAUGAAGCUCGGAACGCUGAGACAACAGCGAAGUACUUUGAAAAAUACAAAAAAGAGACGGCCUUACGGAUUCCAAAAGUCGUAUCCGCUGAUAAAAGAAUCCUCAUCAUGGAGUUCGUCGCAGGUGCUAGACUUGAUGAUUUGGCAUACAUCAAAAAACACAACAUUAAUACUGCCGAAGUGUCAUCUUGUCUUUCCCACAUCUUCAACAACAUGAUUUUCCUUCCAGAUGCGGGUUUGCAUUGCGAUCCACAUGGUGGUAACUUGGCCAUUAGAAAGGUUCCCAAAUCCGAAAGUGGAAGUGGCCGUAAUUUCGAAAUCGUUUUAUACGACCAUGGCCUUUACCGCUAUAUUCCCCUUCAAUUAAAACGGGAUUAUGCCCAUUUGUGGUUGGCAAUCUUGGACAAUAAUAUUCCUGAAAUGAAGCACUACGCCGAGAAAGUAGCGUAUGUGAAAGGUCAUAGAAAGUUUCAAAUCUUUGCAGCAGCAAUUACUGGAAGGGACCCUGAUACCGCUUUAAACUACGAUAUCUCCAAAUCAAGAGACUCGGAGGAGGUCAAGAACAUGCAACAUCAAUUGCAUUCUGAAGAGGGCGUCCUUGAAGACUUGAUGGAUAUUUUGAGUAAUAUGCCCCGUAUGGUGCUCUUGAUUUUGAAGACGAAUGACUUGACAAGAAAUUUGGAUGAAAAUUUGGACAAUCCUUUGGGUCCUGAGAGAACCUUUUUGAUUUUGGCCAACUAUUGUGCCAGAGUGGUGUACGAUGAGAGCAAGGAAAAAGACAAUAAUACCUACAAGACAUACUCAUUAAACUGGAUGUAUCACCGUCUUACAAGUUGGCUUGCCUACGAAAGAAGAAGAAGCGCAUUAUUCUUCUACGAUAUCUUCAUGUUAUUCAGUAACAUCAGAAGAAGCUUCUCCCUUUAG